UCCACUGCGCAGGCGCGAGUGUGUUGAGGGAGAAAGGCCUCGGCGCCAUAUUGUGAGGGAUUUUACCGUUUUCUGUUUUCGAAAAGUAAACGUUUACUUUAUUUUGUGAACGUAUCUAUACGCAGUAGUGUUAAGUUGUUUGUUUUAUACCGGCUGAAGGAUAUAGCUAGUUCUUUGUAUUAUUGGCGUACCGUCAUGUCAGGCGGCAGCGUAAUUCGAGGCCCUGCUGGAAACAACGACUGUCGGAUUUACGUGGGUAAUCUACCACCUGAUAUUCGCACCAAGGACGUGGAGGAUGUGUUUUAUAAAUACGGAGCAAUUCGGGAUAUCGAUCUUAAAAACAGAAGAGGCGGUCCGCCGUUUGCAUUCGUAGAGUUUGAAGAUCCAAGGGAUGCAGAGGAUGCUGUAUACGGACGAGAUGGCUAUGACUAUGAUGGCUAUCGUCUUCGAGUGGAGUUCCCAAGGAGUGGUAGGGGAGGUGGAAGAGGUGGAGGUGGAGGUGGUGGAGGAGGUGGUGGUGGAGCUCCAAGAGGCAGAUAUGGCCCUCCAUCCAGACGCUCUGAGUACAGGGUCAUUGUGUCAGGACUUCCUCCUAGUGGCAGCUGGCAGGACCUUAAGGAUCACAUGCGUGAAGCAGGUGAUGUAUGUUAUGCUGACGUAUUCCGGGAUGGCACCGGCGUUGUGGAGUUUGUGCGCAAAGAAGACAUGACCUACGCCGUUCGAAAGCUGGAUAACACUAAGUUCCGGUCACACGAGGGGGAAACUGCCUACAUCCGUGUUAAAGUGGAUGGUCCGCGGAGCCCCAGUUACGGGCGCUCUCGCAGCCGCAGCAGAAGUCGCAGCCGGAGCAACAGCCGCAGUCGCAGCUACUCUCCACGCCGGAACCGUGGAUCACCCCGUUACUCGCCCCGCCACAGCCGCUCACGUUCCCGCACCUAAACAUCCACUUGACAGCUAAUUUGGCUGGCCACAAUCAUACACCCUUUGUCACCUUUUACUGGACCGACUGUUGUACUUCAUUGCUC